UUAGAAAUUCCUGCCAUGGCAUGCUGUGCGUUCAACGGGCACAUAUCAGAAAUACCAAACAUAUCUGUCGACAACUUCACGAACAGAAAUGUGCAAGCAUACUUCCUCAGCCACACCCACACGGACCACACGCCGGGCUUGUAUGACCACCGCUUCAUACAAACGUUGAAGACGAAUGGUGCAGUCAUGUAUAUGUCGGAGAUGUCAGCGGCGAUCGUGAAGUAUGAAGUUAAAUGUAGAUUGGGAAGUUAUGAUACUGAUGAGAUUGUUAAGCGGAUAAGGAUUGUAGGAAUAGAAACAAUAGAAGUAUUGUUAAAGGCGGACCCCAAAAGGCGCCAGAGAGCGUCCAAGCUCUAUGUGACCGCUGUACCCGCCGCACACAGUAUUGGGUCCGUCAUGUUUCUGUUCAAGACGGACUUCACUACGGUGCUGUACACAGGUGACUUCAGAAUAAGCGUAAACGACGUUCCGAAAUUCAAUCAGCUCCACGAUAACGGCGCCCCCAUACCCAUAGACACGCUCUACGUCGACACAACUUUUUUAGACGACCGUUACACCACGUUCCCCAAGCGGAGCGUCAGUGUGGACGCAGCUUUACGCGAGAUGGAACGAUGGCUGAAAGAGAAGGGGAGAGUCGCUAUAAAGACGUCGGCCAAGUUUGGAUACGAGUUUGUUUUUAAUGAGGUUUUUAAAAAGUUGGGGGUGAAAGUGUUUGUGGAGGAGGUGAGAUGGAAGGAGCUUUAUAGCCACAUCCCCCACUUAGUCUUCGGGGUAACUAACAACCAAUCCCCAGUGCACCUCUGCUGGCCAAAGAACAGAAAAGACCACACACAUUGCACCCCGGACCCCGCCGACCACAAAUAUCUGAACAUCCACCUUUCUGCCCAAAAGUGGAUCCACUAUGACACCGAAGAUAACCCUAUAAAUAAAGUAUCGGAAAACGAAAUCGAUGUAUGCUUCAGUACGCAUUGCAGUAAGUCGGAGUUGAUGUAUUUUGUUAAUUAUUUUAAGCCAAAGAAAGUUGUCGGGUUCCCGAAUAAGUUUUUGAGCGAGGUUAAGUGUGAGGUGUUGUCGAAGAAAGCCAAGUUUGAGGAUGGGAAGUUGGAUAAAAAGGUUUUGAGAGAGAUAUUUGACAUAUGAAGUUUGAACUAA